GUGCCUUUCGUGAUCACGCUUCCCCUCGACCGGUACCACCAUCUUGUUUGUUUCAUCAAUAAAGAGUGUGAGACUUCGGAGACGAUUAAAAAUUGCUUUUAAAUUGUUUUUGUUUGUCUUGUGUACGUUAAACGGUAACAAAGAAUCGUUAACAUGUCCCACGGAGGUAGAAACGAAUGCAGAAUUUACGUGGGCAAUUUACCGCCUGAUAUUAGAACGAAAGAUAUUCAAGAUUUAUUCUACAAGUUCGGUAAAGUUAUCUUUGUUGAUUUAAAAAAUCGUAGAGGUCCACCGUUCGCUUUCGUCGAAUUCGACGAUCCAAGAGAUGCCGAGGAUGCGGUACACGCAAGGGAUGGAUAUGAUUACGAUGGUUAUAGAUUAAGGGUCGAGUUCCCAAGAGGUGGCGGUCCUAGUAAUAAUUUUCGUGGUGGACGCGGAGCGGGUGACAGUGGAAGGGGUGGUCGAGGUGAAAUGAGCAAUUCACGAGGUCGUGGGCCACCCGCAAGAAGAUCUCAGUAUAGAGUUCUCGUUACUGGUUUACCUCCAUCUGGUAGUUGGCAGGAUUUGAAGGAUCACAUGCGUGAAGCUGGUGAUGUUUGCUUCGCUGAUGUUUAUAAAGAUGGCACAGGAGUUGUUGAGUUCUUACGAUACGAAGACAUGAAAUAUGCUGUGAAGAAGUUAGAUGAUUCAAGAUUUAGGUCUCACGAGGGUGAAGUAGCCUAUAUUCGCGUGAAAGAAGAUCAUAGCAGUGGCGAUAGGGGCCGCAGUGAAGAUAGAGAGAGAGGUCGAAGUCAUUCGCGAAGUUAUAGCCCACGGCGUCGUGGUUCACCUACCUAUUCACCAUUACGACGUAAUUAUUCGCGAUCAAGAUCUCGCUCCAGAUCUCGUUCAUACGACUAGUGUGUACGUAUAUGUUUCACAUGGUAAUAUAAGUAAAGGCUUAUCAAUAUUUGCUUUACCAUGUUUCAUUAUUACUGAUUUGAAUUUCACUUAAAGACACCUUCCAAUCCAAAUCGAGUUUGUACAAAUUAUAAAAUUUACUUUUCACGUUGCUUGAAUUUAAUAAUCGUAUUGUAUGUAAUGUAUAGUUAGAGCACGGUUCAUUUUACCAAAAUUAUUUUCAAUUAUUUUGUCACAUUUUUGUUUGUUAAUUCUUAAAUUACGUUCAUCACAGAUUGAUCCAGAUAUAUUAUUAUUUUACAAAUAUACAUACAGAGUUGAUUGUUUGAAUAAAUUUGAAAUAGCAAGUAUAAUUUUCUAACGAUAAAGGUUGAUAUAGUGUUUUAAAUGUCUUAAUCUCAUUGCCUUAAUAAAGAGGAAUCGUGCUCAUAUUAAUCGCAUAUUAUUGUUGAUGGUAUACCGGUUAGAGUUACUUUUAUGUUUAAAAAAUACAUUCCUUUAUAUUUUGCAAUUUGUUUUGACACCACACCAAUAUUUGAAAUGUGUAACAAUUUUGAAGUAUUACGAAUGAAAACCUGAAAUGAAGCAACUAAUAUUACUUCAGUGAUUUCAUCGAUGUUCACAUUAAUAAGCAGUAUUUGUCGUAUAGGUACUAAUAUAGCAUAUUGGUAAAUAUACUACAAUGUCUCACUUGAUGUGAGAGCAGCCUAUGAUUGUGUUUUUACAUAUAUUUAUUCACAUUUGGAGUGAUGAGAAUAGCACAUUUUUAAGCAUAUUUAACAAGUAAAACUCUCUUAAGCUUUUAAUGCUAAAAUGCUUAUUGUAAACAUUUACGAAGCUAACACUUUUUUUUAUGAUUAACAGCACAAAAUUAUACUGCGUACAUUAGAAAAGGAAAGGAAGUAAUGCCAUAAUGGAGUAAAUUCACAUAUAUUUUUAAUGUAUUCAUUUGCAUAAAUAUUUAUUUCCGUUUACUACUGUUACUUGUAAAAAUGUCAUGUCAGUAUUGGAUUCAGAUUUAAAAAAUGAAACCCUAGUAGUCUGAAAAUUCUGUAAGACAUCAAUCUAUUCACACGUAGAACAUUAUGGCAUUUUUCAAUGUAAAUUCAUCAGAUAAUUACACCUUGUGUUAAACAUUAAUUUUAACAGAUAACUCGUGUGUACAAAUACAUACAUCAAGGUUGUUUACACAGCUCAUCGUCGUUUAAGUUGUUACACAAAUUUAAUUAAUUUUGUUUUGCCUAUAUAAUGAUGACAAUACAACAUACUCUCUGUGCUGAAAAUACAAUACUUAAUACCUAGAGAAUGUAAUACAUCGAUAUUCAUCGACCGAUGGUUCAUAUAGGGCAUAACAUUUGAUAUAUGUAGGUAAAAGAUUUAUUUUUUACUAAACGAUUAAUAUCCAUAAGACCAAUUUGCUUUGAAGAAAACACAUACAGCUAUCAUUUGUCAUGUAUUGACAUUGUUCACUUGAUAUAGUAAUGAAUUAAAGUACAUCUCAUCUAUUUAAGUAUUCUUUAACGACGAUCAUCUGGCCAUUAUUCUGGUUUGAUGGAAAAACUGUGUGUUAUGUACUAUUUGAAAAUGAACAAAGUCUAACUCAAAUUAUUAUUAAGAAUACAAUAACGUGUCUAUUAUAACUAUAUGGAUACGUGUGAAAUAUCCAUAUUGAAGUAUAUUUUAAGUUAUACACGACUUACCUUGAAAAAUGUAUUUUUAUUGGUCGGAUGAUUUAUUAACAAAAUAUGUUCUGCUACACAUUUCUCCUUUUGAACGUUUUCCUUUUAAAAACAUAGAUAAAUUUGCUCUAGUAUAUGCUAAAAAUGUUGAAGGAAAACUAUUUCUUGUAUUUAUGAAAAUGUUAUUAUUGCAAAUUGAUCCUGUGGUUUUUGCUUCUUUUCGUCCCAUUUGUGUGUAACCAUCACAGUGGGAAAGGUUUUUAAUUUAUAUUACACAGGUGUGAAAUAUUCUUUUGUACAAUAUCUGCUCAAUUUAUGACCUAUUAUCGCGCGUUUGAGUAUCAUAAGUCACAUGGAUUACAUUUGCAGUGAUAAAUUUAUACAUAUAUACAUACAUAUAUACAUACACAUAUAUAUAUAUAUAUAUGUAUGUAUGUAUGUAACAUUAAUACAUAUUGUAUAAGGGACUAAUGUAUUUUUUCUUCUUUUGUAUAUUGGAUUGGAUUGUAACACAAUGAAUGAAAAACUGAAAUCGA